AUGGCUCCAGGACAAAAGAAGCCACAACAAGGACAACAAAAUGGACAGAAAAAGAAAGGCUAUAAUCCAUAUAAUAAAUUUAAAAAUCGAAAUUGGAAAAAAAAGAAACCAAAUAAUGAAAAUUCAUCGAAACCAGAUGAUGAUGAUGGUUCUAACCGAAAUCAUUCUCAUGCAGCACCAUCAAGUCCAGUUAAAAUUAUUCAAACACCUAUAACUACUUAUAUUAAUGUUACUGAAAAACCAGCACGUUAUCGUGGUUGGUCACUUUAUUUUCCUGAUACAGAUAAAGAAUCUGAUCUUAGUUAUUUAUCAGUUUGUCAAUUAUUCGAAAGUUAUUUUAAACGAACGAAAGAUUUAUAUGAUCUUUCAGAUAUUGAACAUAAACAGUCAUUUACGAUUAAUUUUGAUGAAAUACUUAAAGAUGAAGCUUUCAAAGAUAAAAAAGAAAGUUGGAGUUUAUUUUUUUCUGAUCAAAAUGAUACAACAAUGCGAGUGAUUGGUUUAGCAAUGCAUCAAUGUAUUAUUGAUGAACAAGAAGAAAAAGAUCGAAUAGCAGCAAGUGAAUGUCAUCAUCCAACAGUACCACUUGUUGAUCUUCCAAUAAUUCAUGCUCGUUUGAUUAAUUUUGAUCCUAUGAUCAAAUUAAAAGAUGUUAAAGCUCAGGCUUAUGGUAAAUUUGCAUCAAUUCGAGGUGUUGUUGUACGUGUAAGUAAUUCACAAUGUUUGGUAAUUCGUCUUGCAUUUGAAUGCUCAACAUGUCGACAUACAUUUGGUGUAACAUGUGAAAAUGGUAAACAUACUGAACCGGAACGUUGUCUAACACCUGGUUGUAAUGGUCGAUCAUUUGUUCAACGACGUUCACAUCCAUUAACAACAAUUAUUGAUUGGCAAACAAUAAGAUUGCAAGAAGUUGCUUCAGAAGCAUCAAAAGCACCUGGUCGUAUUCCACAAACAAUUGAAUGUGAAUUAACGAAUGAUCUUGUUAAUAGUGCUAUUCCAGGUGAUGUUGUAGUUGUAUCUGGUAUUGUAAAAUUAAUGGUUGAUGAAAAUAGUGGUUUACGUAAAGUAUCUGAUCAAUCUUUACUUCAAGUUUAUAUUGAUGUUAAUUCAGUUGUUAAUCAAAGAUUAAAUAGUUCUGAUGGAGCAUCAGGCGGUGGUGGUUUAAUGAAUACAAUGGAUUUUUCUUUAUUUGAUUUGUAUGGUAUUCAACAAAUUCAACAACAAAAAAAUGUUUUAAAACUUCUUGUUCAUUCGAUUUGUCCAAGUAUAUAUGGACAUGAACUUGUUAAAGCAGCACUUUUAAUGGCUUUAUUUGGUGGAUUAGUUCGAGGUGAAGAUAAUGUAUCUCAUAUUCCAAUUCGUUCGGAUCCACAUAUAUUAAUUGUCGGUGAUCCAGGUCUUGGUAAAAGUCAAUUACUUCAUGCUUGUGUUAGUGUUGCACCACGUGGUGUAUAUGUUUGUGGUACAAGUUCAACACAAUCUGGUCUUACAGUUACAUUACAUAAAGAUAAAGAUGGUGAAUUAAUGUUGGAUGCUGGUGCACUUGUUAUGGCACAUCAAGGUUGUUGUUGUAUUGAUGAAUUUGAUAAAAUGGUACAACAACAACAAGUAUUACUUGAAGCUAUGGAACAACAAUGUGUAUCCAUUGCUAAAGGUGGUAUUAUGGCAACUAUACCAGCUCGAACAUGUGUUAUUGCUGCUGCAAAUCCUGUUGGUGGUCAUUAUAAUAAAGGCAAAACAGUAGCUGAAAAUUUAAAAAUAAAAGGACCAAUUUUAAGUCGAUUUGAUCUUGUUUUUAUUCUUAUUGAUCGAGCUGAUGAUGAACUUGAUUAUCGUUUAUCUGAACAUGUACUUGCUCAACAUAAUCGUUCAAUUCGUUCAUCACAUAAUAAUACAACUGUUAAUUCAACUCGAACACAACAUGAAACAGUUACAACUGAUAAUCAACAACUACAAACAGCAUCUACAUCUAUUGAUAAUAUUCUAUUAAUUGAUCGAUUACGUCUUAAACAAGGUGAAUCAAUCGAACCUGUUGGACCAAGUCUUUUACAAAAAUAUAUUGCUUAUGCUCGUCGAUAUGUUAAACCUCGUCUUACACAUGAUGCAAUUGAUAUUUUGAAAAAAUUUUAUUUUGAAUUACGCGUUGCUCAUCAACGUGAUGGAACAACUCCUAUUACUUUACGACAACUUGAAUCAUUAAUGCGACUUACAGAAGCUCGUGCUAAACUUGAAUUACGUGAACAAUGUACUAAAUCAGAUGCUCUCGAUGUUAUACAAAUUAUGCGAGCUAGUAUGAUUGAUACAUUUACCGAUGAAAAUGGUCAUCUUGAUUUUUCACGAUUACAACAUGGCUCGGGAAUGAGUCGAGCAGCUGAAGUAAAAAAACUAAUGAAUGCUAUUAAAUGUGUAAGUGAAAAAAAGAAAAGUAAAAUGUUUUCAAUAGCUGAUUUAAAACAAUUAGCAACAGAUAUUAAAAUUAAUAUGAUUAGAUUCGAUGAAUUAAUAACAAAACUUAAUGAUAAUGGAUAUUUAUUACGAAAAGGUACAAAUUUAUAUGAAGCUUGUUUACUUGAUUAG